UACAGCGUUUUCCCAGCAGAGAGCCGUGAUUGGUUGACAGCUGCACAUGUCUGUGGGAUUUUUUUGCCUUUGCAGGAACUGGGUGACCGGUCAAGAUCCCCCAGCCCAUCUUCAUUACUGAUUUCCUUCCAUGCUUGUUGCUGAAUAUUCCUGAUUAAGAAGUAAUUGGUGCUCCAUUAUGUUGCAAAAUACAGGAAAACUUGCAGGAUGCACUCUGUUUAUCACUGGUGCAAGCCGUGGUAUUGGUAAAGCAAUCGCUUUAAAGGCUGCAAAGGAUGGAGCAAAUAUUGUGGUAGCCGCAAAGACUGCUGAACCUCACCCUAAACUACCUGGCACAAUAUACACAACAGCUAAUGAAAUUGAAGCUGCUGGAGGAAAGGCAUUACCAUGCGUAGUCGAUGUAAGAGAUGAGAAGCAAAUCAGUGAUGCUGUGGAAAAAGCAGUCAACGCGUUUGGAGGAAUCGAUAUCUUGGUGAACAAUGCUAGUGCUAUCAGUUUGACUAAUACUAUUGACACCCCCAUGAAAAAGGUUGAUCUUAUGAUGGGUAUCAAUACCAGGGGGACAUAUCUCACGUCAAAAAUAUGCAUCCCUCAUUUAAAGAAGAGUAAGGUGGCCCAUAUUCUGAAUCUCAGCCCUCCAUUAAACCUGAACCCAAUCUGGUUCAAGAAUCACUGUGCGUACACCAUUGCAAAGUAUGGGAUGUCCAUGUGUGUCUUGGGAAUGUCUGAAGAAUUCAGGGGAGAAAUUGCUGUCAAUGCUUUAUGGCCAAAAACAGCUAUACAUACAGCGGCUAUGGAAAUGCUGGGUGGUUCCGAUGCAGCGAAGCAGUGCAGAACGACUGACAUUAUGGCUGAUGCUGCAUAUUCUAUUCUCACAAAGCCAAAGGAUUACACUGGAAAUUUUAUCAUCGACGAGGAACUGUUGAAGCAGGAAGGAAUCAAGGAUUUUGAUUUCUAUUCCAUUUCUCCAGGCCAUCCUUUACUUCCAGAUUUCUUCUUGGAUGAGAGUCCAGAGGUUGUGACCAGUAAACUAGAAGGGCAGGGUGGUGGAAAAGGACAGGCUUCAUCCAAAGCCACAAGCAAGGUGGGAGAGACCUUUAAAGCAAUUGAAAAGCUAAUUGGUGAAGACACUGUGAACUCUACAAAAGGCGUAUACCAGUUUGUAAUCUCAGGGGCGGAAGAAGGGAAGUGGUUCUUGGACCUUAAAAAUGAUAAGGGUAAAGUUGGAGAAGGGGAGCCAUCCUAUAAAGCAGACGUGGUAAUGAGCAUGGACAGUGAGGACUUUGUCAAAAUGUUUGCAGGAAAGCUGAAGCCUACCUUAGCAUUCAUGAGUGGGAAGUUGAAGAUCAAAGGAGACAUCAGCCUGGCUAUUAAACUUGAAAAACUUAUGGGCCAAAUGAAUUCUAAAUUAUAACUCGCUCAAAAGCAUUAAAUGCGCCCAUAACAAGCUAUGCAUUAUGAUCGGAGCCUGCCUACCUGGCGAUACCCAUAAUCUAUUCUAGAUUUGCACUUCGUUACAAAUAACACCAGUGCAACUGAAUGUAACAAAAAUAGAAAUCUACUUUUGUAUGUUUCUAAAUAUAAUCUAGUGGCCAAAUGGAAAAGCCAAAUACAGCACAUACGUGCAUACCAAUCAUGUCAAUCUAACACUGCAUUGCUAACAUUAGAUUAAAACGUUUUGAAAUAAACAAGGAUUUUUUCUUUUUCA